CCGAUGGCUGGCGGGACAUAAACAGUUUAGGGUGUGGGAGUAACCCAAUUUCUAUGACAAACACACGCCUUAAGGAGAAAUAGUUUAACUAAAUAUACUGAAAAUGUCUCGAUUCAAAAAAGUAAGUAAGGGUGACUCUCUUGCGGGCUUCAGAGCAGAAAAAACGGAGCCGACCAUUCCUUACGGUCUGCUGAAGGCAGCAAGGAAAAGCGGUCAACUCAACCUGUCUGGCCGAGGACUCACAGAAGUCCCUCAGAACGUGUAUCGAUUAAACAUUGACACACCUGAGGAGGCCAAGCAGAGUGUGUCCUUCGGAGAGUCAGAUCGCUGGUGGGAACAGAGUGACCUCACAAAACUACUGCUCUCUUCAAAUCAGCUGACACAACUGUCUGAUGACAUCAGGCUUCUGCCUGGACUUAUUACAUUGGAUCUUCAUGACAACCAGCUGAACAGUUUACCCGGGGCUUUGGGAGAACUACAAGAGCUUCAGCAGCUAAGACUAAGUCACAACCAGCUGAAAGCACUGCCAGUUGAGGUUUGUACUCUGAAGAACCUCCGCAGCCUCACUCUCCAGCAGAACCUUCUAGAGAGCCUGCCAGAGGAACUUGGAAUUCUGGAGAACCUUACUGAGCUGGAUCUUUCCAACAACAAUCUGGAGGGUCUGCCUCCUAGCCUUGGCAAUCUCACCUGCCUACAAAAACUAAACCUGUGCCACAACAAGCUCAGCUGUCUGCCUGACAGCCUGGCCCGGCUCACAAAUGUCAAGCUGUUGGACUGCAGCAAUAACCAGCUGACAGACAUCCCUGCCAGCCUAUCAGAGAUGCCUGUUUUGGAGCAACUUUAUCUUAGACACAACAAGCUCUGCCUCCUCCCCAAGCUCACUGCACCCAUGCUCAAGGAGCUGUAUGUCGGUAACAACCAGAUUCAGCAGUUGGAGACAGAGCAGCUGACUUGCCUGACAGCCAUCUCUGUCCUAGAACUCAGAGACAACAAGAUCAAAAGCCUCCCUGAACAGAUCACCCUCAUGAGCACGCUGACACGCCUCGACCUCACCAACAACGAUAUUUCCACUCUUCCAGCGUCCCUCAGCCUGCUGCCCAAUCUGAAGGUAUUACUUUUGGAGGGAAACCCUCUGCGAGGAAUCCGGAGGGACCUACUCACAAAGGGAACCAAUGAGCUGCUGAAAUACUUAAGGGGGAGAAUUAAAGAAGAGCCUGAGAGGGUGGAUGAAGGAGAUACAGCAAUGACCUUACCCAGCCAGGCUGCAGUCAAUGUACACAACAUUAAAACUCUAAAGAUAUUGGUGUACAGUGAGAAACAGGCAUCUGACAUUCCAAAUGAGCUUUUUGAUGCAGCAGCAGAUCAAGGUGUUACCACUGUUAACUUCAGCAAGAACCAGCUGACUGAAGUACCUCGCAGACUGAUGGAGUUUCAGUCGACAGUGUCGGACAUCAAUCUGGGAUUCAACAGACUUACCUGCUGUUCUCCUGACAUCUGCAAGUUACUACAGCUGGUGCACAUAGACCUAAGGAAUAAUCAGCUUAGUGAUUUACCACCUGAUAUGAAGAACCUAACCAAACUGCGGUACAUCAUCCUUAAUUACAACAGGUUCAAGUCUUUCCCUGAGGUCCUCUAUCAGAUUGCUUCUUUGGAGUCUGUGUUGCUUGGCAACAACCAGGUGGGCGAGGUGAACCCCUGUCAUUUACAGAAGAUGGUUCAUCUGACAACGCUGGAUCUGUCCAACAACGACCUGCUGAGUAUCCCCCCUGAACUGGGCCUGUGCACCAGCCUCAGGUCUCUCAGUCUGGAGGGGAAUCCUUUCCGUACACCAAGAGCCGCCAUUGUGGCCAAAGGAACAGAUGCAGUGUUGGAAUAUUUGCGCAGUCGCAUACCCACAUAACCCCUGACCUCAGCUGAUGCAGUUCAGUACAUUUCUUUCUGGGCUGUAUCUUUUGGGGCCUGUUUUAGCAGCAAACCUCCAAUUUUAGUUGUUUAAAAUCUGAAAUCAAUUGAAAUGUAAGUUUCUUAGAUCUGGAGAAAUAUUUCUUGACAAUCUGGUUCAAACUGAUGCCUCAUGCAACAGUGAGGGACCAAUGACAAAAGCACUUCUAUUAAUAAAGUAACUUUUGGGAGUAGUGCGAGCAUUUAUUCACUUUUUCAAUUUUCUUAUGUUGCAGCCUGAUGCAACAGUCAAAAACUCUUACCAACACUUCCAUUCUCAUUAAUCUACGCUCUGUACCCCGACAUGACCAAGUGAAAACUGAUUUUUUUUAAUGUUUGCAAUUUAAUUAAAAAUAAAAAACUGAGAUUUCA